AUGCCAUACCAUGAAUAUGAAUCCAGUUUGGAUUUGGCGGAAGCAUUCGAGACAGACUCUGACAGUGCUGACUCUGAUGAAAUGGAUUGCCCAGAUUCUCUCGGCAUGAGAUGCCAAUGCGACAUACAAGAGGACAUCAAACUGGAGAUGUCUUCGCAUCCUCACAGCAUGAGACAAGUGGUGAACAUCAUCAUUGCUGUGGAAAGACUGAAGCGCAUCAAAGAAAUCUCUCCUGGCAAGAUUUGUGAAGAUGCGCUGCUCAGCUUCUUCUUGGAGAAUGUGAUCGAAGAGCGUAUGGUACCAAUUUACAAUAAGACCAACCGGACCUUGCAGUGCACCGUUUGUGAUAAGUACAAAAAGACUCUGGUGCAGAGCAACGAACUAAGCGAACCUCUUCAUUUGAAGGCUGUGACGCUGAGUGCUGGAACAAUGCAAUACAAAGUUCAGUUCAGUAUGUCAACGUACAUCUCGAGUGCAACACAAAAGGACGCCCAGCCUGUGUGUCUGGAAAUUUCCAACAGCAACCUCUACCUUGCUUGUACCCAGUCAGACGGUUCUUCCCCCGCUCUGAUCUUGAAGGAGGUCAAAGGCCCUCUGAACACCAUUAAAGCCGGUGACCCGAAUGGGAACGACAGCCUCCUCUUCUUCAGGAAAGAGACGGGCACAGCUUACAACACUUUUGAAUCUGUUAAAUUUCCUGGAUGGUUUAUUACCACGGCUUUUGAUGACUGGGAGAAGACGGAAAUGUACCAGAUGCCAACUGAACGAAUCUCAGACUUCACACUUGAGGAUCAAAAACUAAUCCGGACUUGAUCCAGAAACACAUUUUCAGAGAGUAUGUACCAAGUACAGUUUAUAAUCUGGAUUUAUUCAGGGU